AUGAGUUCCCAAUCGACGUUGAUGAAUGAGUUUUUCAAUGCAGUAGAUCGGGCGGAUUACUACAGGGUGCAAAAAUGCAUCGACAAAGAUAUCGAUGUCAACAGCUACAAUGCUGCACAUAUUACAGUCCUACAUGCCGCAGCUACAAACGGAGACAAUCGCUUAGUGAACAUAAUUCUGAAAGGAAAGAACAUCAACUUAAACAUCAAAACAUUAGAUUUUGGAUUCACGCCGUUGCAUUGUGCCACGCGUCACGAACGAUUGACAGUCGUUAAAACUUUACUAGAGGCUGGAGCAGAUGUUAAUGAAGGAAAUAGAAAUCUUGCAACUUGCUUGCACUUCGCCGUCCAAACUAGCAACAUCUCAAUAAUCAAACUUCUGAUACAAUACCACGCUAACGUGAAUGCCAUCGAUACGUUCUCCCAUACACCAUUAUCAUUGUCGGUUUUGGACAGUAGAAAUCAAUAUGUCUGCAAAUAUUUGCUAGAUAAUCAUGCUGACCCGAAUCUAGAAAGACCGUGCAGUAUUCCAUUGUUAUUCGAGCUGAUUUUGAACAGUUAUUCAGUUUUGUAUAGCGUCCCUUUCAUAGUUAUGCUAUGCGAGUUCGGAGCCGAUCCAAAUGUUGUGGAUUUAGCAGGACGAAACGCUUUGCAUUACGCUGCGCUGAAAGGAGACGUUGAAAUCAUUGAUCUGUUGAUAGAAUGCGACUGCGUUUCUGUGAAGGACGGAUUUGGUGCUAUACCUUUAGAUAUAGCACUGAGGCAUGGACACAUGCAUGCUUCCAAGUAUUUGGAAAAACUGACUGAGUUACCUGAAGGACAUCUAUCUAAGAACUUCUUCUCUUUGAAAGAUAAAAGGACUAAACUUACUCGCAGGAAGAGUCACAUCAACUACGUUUAA